UGCCCCAUCAUUGGUAUCAGUGGGAGGAAUAGUGCCCCAUCAUUAGUAUCAGUGGGAGGAAUAGUGCCCCAUCAUUGUAUCAGUGGGAGGAAUAGUGCAGAUAACAGUGGAGGAAUAGUGUCCCAUCAUUGGUAUCAGUGGGAGGAAUAGUGCCCCAUCAUUAGUAUCAGUGGGAGGAAUAGUGCCCCAUAAUUGAUAUCAGUGGGGAAUAUCCCAUCAUUGGUGUCAGUGGGAGGAAUAGUGCCCCAUCAUUGGUAUCAGUGGAAGGAAUAGUUCCCCAUCAUUGGUGUCAGUGGGAGGAAUAG